AAGGGGUGGUGGUUCACUUGGAGGUAUCAGAUAGGUUUAAUAUAGUCGUUUAGAGCACAUCACCCAUCCUGGAGCUGGUCUGCUUUAAAAGAAAACCUCUCCAGACCUUCAUUUUUUUCCACCUUCUUCUUGUUGAAAGCUGUUCGUGUGUCAGCACGACACCGAGUCGGGAGCGAUGGGAGAAGCAGAGACGCGCCAGAAACUGCUCCGCAAUGUGAAGAAGGAGGUGAAACAAAUCAUGGAGGAAGCUGUAACCAGAAAAUUUGUGCAUGCAGACAGCAGCCACGUUAUAUCCUUCUGUGCCGUAGUAGAGGCAUGUGUCCUCCAUGGACUCAAACGUCGAAUUGCAGGCCUGCUGUGCACAAAUAAGGUUGCUGCCCUCUUUAUGAAGGUGUCAAAGAGCUUUUCUCCCGCCGAGGAACUCUGCCGCAAGGUCCAGGAGCUGGAGCAGAUUAUCGAAAAUAGCAAACAGAACAAUUCCUCUCUCAAUAAUGACCGCAGUCGGCAAUCAAAGUUGCCCAACCUCCCUCCCCAAGCGCUUAAAAAUCUGUGGAUUAGAACAGCUCUGAUGGAAAAGCUCCUGGACAAAAUUGUCCUGUAUCUGGUGGAAAACAGCAGUACAUUCUAUGAUAAAGAAGCCAUGUUGAUGGACCCUGUUGAUGGACCAAUCCUUGCAUCUCUUUUGGUUGGCCCCUGUGCUUUAGAGUACACCAAAGUUAAGACGUCAGAUCAUUUCUGGACCGAUCCAUCAGCGGACGAGCUCGUACAGCGCCAUCGAAUCCACAGUGGCCACUGUCGGCAGGAAUCUCCCUCUAGAAGGCCUGCCCUUAUCCAGAAGAGACAGUCCAGUGGCAGCAUGGAUGAUCGUCCUCUCAUGUGGGUGAAAGAGUAUGUCGAGUCACUUCAUCAGAACUCAAGAGCUACUCUCCUGUUUGGAAAGAACAACGUCCUGGUGCAGCCAAGGGAUGACAUGGAGGCCAUUCCUGGCUACCUCUCACUCCACCAGACUGCAGAUCUCAUGACACUGAAGUGGACUCCCAAUCAGCUGAUGAAUGGCAAUGUUGGAGAGCUAGAUUCUGAGAGAAGUGUUUACUGGGAUUAUGCAAUGACCAUUCGUUUGGAGGAGAUAGUCUAUCUUCACUGUCAUCAGCAAAUAAAUAGUGGUGGGACUGUGGUUUUGGUGAGCCAGGAUGGGAUCCAGAGACCUCCUUUGCACUUCCCCAAAGGAGGUCACCUGCUUCAGUUUCUCACCUGCCUGGAAACCGGCCUGCUACCUCAUGGGCAGCUGGACCCGCCGCUCUGGAAUCAGAGGGGAAAGGGAAAGGUUUUUCCCAAACUGCGAAAGAGGAGCCCACAUAGUUCAUGUGAUUCCGUAUCGGAUAAGGAAGAUGAUGAAGCAACUGAUUAUGUGUUUCGGAUCCUUUUUCCUGGCAAUCAGAUAGAACUCAUGGCCCUGGAGCUAAUGGAUCAGAGUGUUAAUAUGUGGCAGCCAACACCUAGGAAGUCCUCCUGCUCCUCCUGCUCACAGAAUGGCUCUUCUGAUGGUUCUCUGCCUAAUGGCUGCAAUCAGGAGAGGGCUCCAUUGAAGCUCCUUUGUGACACAAUGAAAUACCAGAUCAUUUCUCGUGCAUUUUAUGGAUGGCUGGCGUACUGUCGUCAUCUGUCCACAGUCCGAACCCACCUCUCAGCUUUGGUCAACACCACAAUAGUUGACCCUGAUGUUCCCUGUGUUGCUCGAGGAGGCCUGUCUGUGGAGGUCUGGGGAAAUUUCCUCAAGGACAGCUCUACCUACGAAGAAAAAGAGAUCCACAGACUGGUGUAUUUCGGUGGAGUAGCCCCAUCCCUGCGCAAAGAGGUCUGGCCCUUUCUUUUGGGACAUUACCAGUUCACCAUGACAGAGAAAUGCAGACUGGAGAUGGACAAGCAGAUGCAGACGCUGUACGAGCAGACUAUGAAGGAGUGGCAGGGCUGUGAGGUCAUCGUACGUCAGAGGGAAAGAGAAAAGCACGCUGAAGCGCUUGCUCGAUGUUCGUCUGGUACCAGCGUGGAAAGAGGACCCAUACAGCGAGACUCAACCAUCAGCACAGAUUCGUCACUAAGUAGCAGCUCAGACCCACACCAUGGCAACUCACAGAGUGAAUCCAGCUGCAGCGAACAGGUAUUUGUCUCGGCUGAGGUGGAGCCAAAGGUUGAAGAGGCAGAGAAGCAGCUCAGCAGCCCUGUGAAAACCACAGAUGGUCAGCAACUCCCCCUCUGCGAUCCUUCUCCCUCAGCUGUGUCAGACUGUCCUCAAAAUACAGACAACAACCCUCCUGCGACUGAAUGCCACACAGAACCAGAACCCGCUCAGCAGAACGCUGACAAAGCUGAAGAAAACAGCCAGAUUACAAAAUGUGAAUCGGGAAGGGAAGAUGGGAACACUUCAGCUAUUGAGAAUGAAACCGUAGAUACAAAAUUAGAAAGUGUGAAGGCUGAACACGAGAAGUCCGCAGAGACGUCUCCAUCUGAGGGCAAAGAGACAACUCAUGGAGAUGUCAAAUCAGAAAACACAAAAGUAAAUUUGAAAUCUGCUCCAGAGAAGACAAACGUUUUGAAGCUAGAAAAGGAAAUACAUAAUGAAUAUUUCCAAGCACCUCCACUCGGGCAGACCCUGAGCCUCCAGGUACACAAGAACAGAGAUCUGGAAGGGAAGACAUACUGUCCACAUGUUGUCAGAGAUAGUGCUAGUUCCCAGAAUGAAAAAAAGACAGACAUUUCAGAAGAGAACGAGACCACAGAAGCAACUGUUUGUGAAACCAGAAAAGCUGCAGAGAAUCCGCCUGGUUCAAAUUCUCCGGUCAGACAAGUUCUGAACGCUCUCCAGUCGGCCUCAAGGGGAAGCCUCACGCUAUCCUCCCAAACUCGGCAGUCUCCGGACACGGCUGAUUCCGAUGACUCUCCCUCCGCUUUGGAGAUGGAGGACAUUCCUGUGGGAAUCACAUGUGUGACCUCACAGGAAAUUCACACUCGGCCUUUGGUCGGCCUCGCUGCUCCGCCCGUCACCCCGGCACAAAGAGAGAAAAUAGCAGCCGAGGCCCUGGUGCUGGCCCACCAUCCGGACGCCGCCGGUAACACCAGUCCCGAGAGCACCGACCUCGGCCUUUCCGAAGAAGAGCCGGAGAUGGAUAAUGUGCUGGUGGAACCGGAGUCUACAGAGUCUGGAAGUGUCAUCAAAUAUGAGGAAUCCUCAGGGCAGCAGACGUACUCUCAACAAACACAGGACAUGUACUUGAUCAACUUGCAUCGCAUCGAUAAAGAUGUCAGACGCUGUGACAGAACAUACUGGUACUUCACUCCGGAGAAUCUGGACAAGCUGCGCAACAUCAUGUGCAGCUACGUGUGGCGACAUCUGGAUACUGGUUACGUGCAGGGCAUGUGUGACCUGCUGGCGCCACUUCUGGUCAUUCUGGAUGACGAGGUGAUGGCAUUUAGCUGCUUCACUGAACUGAUGAAAAGGAUGAACCAGAAUUUUCCCCAUGGGGGUGCAAUGGACUCGCAUUUUGCCAACAUGCGUUCCCUCAUACAGAUCCUGGACUCUGAGCUGUUCGAGCUGAUGCAGCAGAAUGGAGACUACACCCACUUCUAUUUCUGCUAUCGCUGGUUUCUUCUCGACUUCAAAAGAGAAAUGGUUUAUGACGACGUGUUCUCCGUAUGGGAAACCAUCUGGGCAGCCAAGCACACCUCCUCUGAACACUUUGUGCUCUUCAUUGCUCUGGCACUGGUGGAGAUGUACAGAGACAUCAUCCUGGGAAACAACAUGGAUUUUACAGACAUUAUUAAGUUCUUCAAUGAAAUGGCGGAGCGACACGACGUUCCACAGGUCCUGAUGAUGGCCCGAGACCUGGUCCACAAAGUGCAGACCCUCAUUGAGAACAAGUAACACGGGACUCCGCCACCAGGGUCGAUUUAUCUGACAUGAUAGUCAUAUACAGUAUAUCUCUAUAAGAAAAUAGUGUUUGAAAACUGGUGCACAUUUACAGUAAAGCUGCUCAUUAUUCUUAAAAACAUGAUAAAAGAGGUUCUGUUUGCUCCUGCUUUGCAGUAAGGAGAUGCAAGUAUUGCCAGUAAAUAUGAUUUUUGAAGUGUUAAUGUUCACCCAGUGAAUGUAACCCGUAUUGAAACAGCUUCAGGAUGUUCUUUUUUUGCCUUAAAAUUCAGCUGUUGUUUCAGGGAUGCAGCAACCAAAUUUUUCCACUCUGUUUAUACACCUCUACCAUUUGUUUGUCACGUAGUUGAAUAUGUUUUCAAAAGGAUCAUUGAUCUGUAAUUGUAGCUUCCAUAGUUUGACAUCUUGUCUUUUUGAUAUUGUUUAAUAUAUUUGGCCUGUCAGUCGACCACUCACUGAUCAGUAUUUCAAUCGGUUUUGUCACAAUUUCAGGAGGACUAUAUUUUACGGACUCCCUUUGUGAUUUCUGAUCUUGCAGCACAUACUUAUUCUAGACGCCAUCAUUUCCUCAAAUGCGUGUUUUAUACGGAGUCUUCUGUGUUUGAACUGCUCUGUACAUUGCUGUUUUUUCCAGUUUUCUCUGGAAUCAGCUUGUUGAAACUGUAUUUGCAGACAGCCAUGUCCCACCUCCUCCUCCUUAUAGUGUCAGCCUUCCACUAUUUCCCAUAAAAUAUGAACACGUGCAGAGCUAAAAUGAGCAGUGCAGCAUCGUCAGCUGUUGUGCUGUAGUCAUUUUUGCAGAAAGGGUUCUCCUCCUCACCCUUGUUUGGAAGUAGACUUCCAUUUUUCUUUUCGCAUGAAAGAACAGUGAAAUAUGGUGCCUUAAAGGGGCGGAGCUAGGACAUUUAUAUAUGAAGGGCAGGAGGACUUAGAAAGGAUGGCAAAUGAAGGCAGCAGAUUGGAACGCCAUCACAAAUGAUAAGAUCAAAAAUACAGAUUUCAAACUUUUUAAUCAUUGUUGAGGUAUUGUUAAUUACUUUUCCUCAUUUUCCAGAUUUUGACUUGGGCCAGGGUGUUGACAACCCCGAUCAGCACAUUACAUGGGCGUAGUAAAUAAUUUGAUGGGCUCUAGAAUUUGUUUACAAAUAUUGCUUUUGUUUUUUUUUCCCCCCCAAAUAAUAAUAAAAAUAUAGAACAAAAAAUUUGCAGGCGAAUCGUUUUGCUGCAAGGGUAGCUCCGCCCCUGGGUACCUCGUAGUUUCUUUUAAAAUUACCUUAGCUUACGGUCAGUGGGAAAUACUGCAAGCUGUCACAAAUCUAAGAUUCUGCUGCCAGGAAACAAAAAUGUUUUAAUAAUUAGUAGAUGGUCAGAAGUUAAGAUGCAACCAUGGUGUUACUUUGCUUGCAGGUUUUUGAAAUGCAGUGAAUUUUAUUCCCAUAAUCCUGCAAUUUAAUCCAUUUUUUUAAAAAACUCAGUAUUUUAUGCAUUUAUACUUUCUCUGAUUUGGUAUCUCAAACGAUAUGUAUAUGGGAGACAUGAAUAUCUUAAAAUCUGUGCAAAAUAAUGUAAGAAAUGUUCAACAUGGCUGAGCAGUCAGGUAAUUUGGUGCCACCUGCUGGUUUCAACACAUCCAUAAACACUCCUGUUAGUGGCUUCAGUUCCAAAGUGUUUCAGUGUCACCGCUAAUGUAUCCAUGUACGACCUAAACAUGCCUGAGUAUUGCUAUCUGUGUAUUGCUGUUGUCAAAAGGUGUAAAAAUAUUGAAAUGAUUAUUGUAUAAAAGCUAAAAAAUUACAUAUUUAAAAAAAAAAUGCAAUACAAUGUAUAUGGAGCCUCGUCUGAACAUAACGAAAACACAAGUAAAUCACUGGAAAUUUAUUUUUUUCUGUCUUCUAAAAUGGUUAAGUAUAAUUAUUGUGUAUUAAAAUAUAUUUUGGACAUCA